AUGCCAUGCCCUGCUGGAUUUGAUCCGUACGCUGAUGAACAGAUGGACGCAAUACUAGCUAGCGUCUCCAAGACCAAGAAGCUCCCCAGCGCCGUCGAGCAGAUUGGGAAGAAAGCCCUCGCGAAGGACGGCCGAAGGCUCCAGAACGACUUGGAAUUUUGGGGCGUCAUUCUGAUGCUCGUGAGACGAUUAUUUCACCCCCUUGAAGUGAAGGUGCUUCUGGGCACCAUCGGGAUAAUCGUUGCGCACACGCUUCUUCAGCUUGGACUCUACUUCGCGUCGUGGAUUCGACUCUACUUCUUACUGGUUUUGGUGGGUCUGUUCGCCUCAAACUUCUAUGCAUGGCGAGGGAGGGCGUUCUUCCUGGCGGUGCAAGCAGCACGUCAGAGCCGUCGAACACGCUGGUCCAUCACGCACCCAACGCCGCAGACGGGCCAGGGAGGAGGUACAGAAGACAGGAACGCAGGAGGAGCGUCCGGUUACCCUUUCUUCUACGGCCCCGCGUCCUCCACCGCUCCCGGCCCCCGCUCUUCUCCGAGGUCUGCAGGCGGACUACUUGCCGCGGCAGCCUUAGCUCCGUCUCCCGCGUUGGCAAGAUUGGCUUCAAGUCGCGCGAAAGUCGACGAAACGUCGAACCUGCUCGGGCCGACUCAUCGUGCCGGGGAGAUACAACACUCGAGGACGAUCGGUGCGGGCGGCGGCACUGAUGCCGUAGAUGGGGAGGAAGAUGGCGUGGGAAAGAAGUGGAGCCCCGCUGCGGUAGCUGCGGGCGGCGCUGUCGCGUUCGCUGUUGCACCUGGUGCGGUGGCGCUUGCUGGGGUAGUGGCUGCUGCACGCGCCGCUGCUCGCGCCGCCAAAUCUAAGUCCGCGCCCGCAAGCUCAUCUGCGUCUUGUAUGAUGUUACCGGCGCUCUUCGCCGAUGACUCGUCAACAGAGGGAGCGCCCGAUGGGUUAUCUGAGGCAGCCAGUGUGAAUGUGGGCCGUGAGGACAGUCCGCGCGCCCUGCUGGCGCUGCCGUCGGAACGAACGGCGAGUGUGGAUAGGGCUGGUGGCAGCGUUGGCAGAAUCGCACCCGGUUCUUCCGCCGCUGCUGCACCCAUUUCUUCCGCUUCACCCGCUGCUGCUGCUGCUGCUGCCCCUGCUACUCCCCGAUCUUCUUCUCUGUCACGCUCUCCUUCCAGGCAAGCAAGCGUCAUGGCAUCUACUAAGGGCCCAUCCGGUGUCGUCGCGGCCUCCACCGCAGGAGAAGCAAUGGCUAUGGAUGCCAACCGCGCGGAAGCCUUUUCGCGUGCAGCAGGAUCUUUCAACGCCAGCAGGAAUGACCCAAAUCGCGGCAGCCCAGCACAUGUCGGCGGUGCUGGCGGCGAACGUCGCAGCGGCAGUGACAGCGGCAGCGGCAGGGGUAGUGACCCUGCUGCGAAACCCGCUGCCCCGAGCCACGACGGCAUGCUUGGAAAUCCCGGAAAAGGCCCCGAAGAAAACGAAGGAAGCAAAGACGACGAACCGGAAAGAGAUGAGCGCACAGGCGGCAGAGCGAAGAGGUUUUUGCACGGGUCCUCCCGCCUAAUGCACGGCGUAUUCGGAAAGCACCACCACCGAGAUCGCAGCCACAGCCAUGUUCAUGAUGAUGACGACCAUGGUGACAUGUCCGGUCCGGAUUCGACUAGGUCUGGUAUAAGCCACAGCGGCAAGUGGCACCGCCCUCACUGGGGCCGUAGCUCGAAGAAAAGUCGCGGAGAUGCCGGCCUUGACACAUCACGCGGCUCCUCGCGGAACGAUGCAGAGGAUAUUCCUGAAGCAGACGGAGGGUGGGCUUGAGGAGAGCG